AUGGAUAUCCCAGAACAAGAAAAAAACAGUAAUGAAAAAUAUAUUGACGAAAACCUUAAAAAUGAAGAUUCGAUUAAUUUAAAAAGAAAAAAUGAAAAUUUAAACAAAAAUUUUAAAAGAUUAAAAAAAAAAUUCAAAGGAAAUGGUGAGGAAGAAAAUGAUAAAGCAACAAAUAUAUAUAGCCAAGAAAAUUUAGAAGUAUUUUCUAAAAAUAAGAUAAUUGACCAAAGUAUUUCAGAUAAUUAUAAGUUUAAUAAAAAAAGUAAAAAAAUUAUAGAUGAAGAUUACAGCGAUGAUGAUGAGAUGGAAAAAAAAGAGAAUGAAGAGAAAGAUUAUAGUGAAUCAAAAAUAGGUAAUGUUGAUAACAAUAAUGUGAUAAGAGAACCAAAUAAAAAUGAUAAUUUAAAAAAUGAUUAUAAAAUGAAAUUAUUGAAUAUAAAUUCAAAUGAGAAGGAGAAUUUUGAAAAUAUUGAAGAAAGUAACAAAGUUAUUGAAAAAGACAAUAGGGAAAUUCAAAAAAACAUUAAGAGAAGUAUUGAUGAAAAAAAUAAAAAUGAAGAGAAGGAAGAAGAUGAAGAAGACAAAAAAGAGAAGGAAGAAAAUGAAAAUGAAGAAGAAGAAGAAGAAGAUGAUGAAAAUGAAGAAAAUGAAGAAAAUGAAGAAGAAGAAGAAGAAGAAGAGGAAGAUGAAGAAGAAGAAGAAGAAAAAGAAGAUGAAGAGGAUGAAGAUGAAGAAGACGAGGAUGAGGAUGAAGAUGAAAAUGAUGAUGAAAUGAAAGGGUUUAUUGUUGACAGCGAAGAAGAAGAAGAAGAGGAAGAAGAAGAAGAAGAUGAUGAUGAAGAAGAUGAAGAGGAGGAAGAAGAGGAAGAGGAUGAUGAAGGAAAAAAAGAAAAAAAAAAGAAAAAAAAAAAGAAGAAAAAAUAUGACUACUUUGAAAAUAAAAGUUUAGAUGAAGAGGAUUUAGAAUUAAUCGCAGAAAAUACAGGAAUACAAGUUAUUAGAAAUGAAAAAGACACUAAACACAGAAGAUUAAAAAAAAUAAAAGAUAGUGAUGAUGAUGAUUUUGAUAACGAAUAUCAUAAAAAUGAGAAUGAAAGUAAAAUUGAUGUAUUAAAAGACAAAGAUUAUUUUAUUGAUGACAGUGAAGUUCCAUUAAAAAAACAAAAAGGUGAAUUAAAAAGUAAUUUAUUUAACUAUGAUGAUAAUUUAUCAGAUACAAGGGAAAAUGAAAAUGGUGAAGAAAGUUAUCACAUAACUUCCGAUAACAUUUACAAAGCAGAUUCAUAUAUACAUGAAAUAAUUAGCCAAACUUUUGGGGACGUAAAUACUGUUUUAGAUAUUAUUAAUGUUUCUCCAACAAAAAAAAAAAAAAAAUAUGAUUACGAAAAUGAUGAAGAUGAAGAAGAUUACGAAGAAGAUCAAUUAUCAAAGGAUAUUAUACUAGAUGACGAGGAUUCAAAUAAAAUUAAAAAAAAAAAAAAAAAAAAAUUAGUUAGUUUCUUUGAUAAUAUUAAUGCAAACAUGGAAAAGAAAAAAAGUGAAGAUGAGGAUUAUGAAUAUGAUAAAAAUGAAAUAGAAAAUGAAGGAUAUGAAUAUGAAGUUGAAGAUGAAGAUGAAGAAGAUGAGGAAGAAGAUGAAGAAGAUGAGGAAGAAGAUGAGGAAGAAGAUGAAGAAGAAGAAGAAAGUGAAGAAGAAGAGGAAAGUGAAGAAGAUGAUAAGGAAUAUGAAGAAGAAUAUAAAGAUGUUUAUGAAGAUGAAUAUGAUGAAAUGGAAGAUUAUGAAGAUGAUUUAUAUGAGGAUGAAAAUGGUAGCGAAGAAAAAUAUGAUAAAAAAAAAAAAAAAAAAAUGUUAAGUAUAGAAGAUGAAGGUGCAGAUAAAACAAAGGGUUCUAACUUAUUUGAUGAUGAAGAUAGUAUUGUUAAAAAAGAAAAAUCCAAAAUAAUUAAGAAAAAAAAAAAAAAGAAAAAAAUAAGUUUAGAUAAGAUAGAUAGUAAAUGGAAGAAAUUUGCGGAACCAGAUGAAACGGUAACUCAGUUACUAACAAAAAAAGAUGAUCUAAUAAGAUAUUCAGAUAUGCCAGAACGAUAUUUUGCAUAUAAAAAAAGAAAAAUCAAAUUAACAAAAAAAAUGUUGUUUAUUGAAUCAAAAUGGAUAUUAUUUAAAUUGAAGGAAAAAUAUCCAAACUAUUUUACUUAUAAAAAUUUUGAAAAAAUGAUUGAAGAAACUUACGAAAAUACCUAUGAUAUUAAUAUAAAUGAAUUUUUAUCAGAAAAGUUUCUUAUAAAAAAAUGCAUACUAACUUUAAAUAUGAUAAUAAAAUAUAAAAAUGAAAUACCUUUUAUUUUUUUUCAUAAAUCCUACCUUAUUUUUCCUCCAUUUAAUAUAAACAUUUUAUGGGAUAUUUAUGAAUUAGAUAAUUUAUGGUACAAAACGUUUAUAAAGAUAAAAAAGUUAAAAAGUAAAUUAAAAAAGUUAGGUAAUAAUUAUAACAUUCAUUCUAGUGUUUUUGAUAUUCUUAAUAAAUAUAAUGAAAUAUAUUAUGAUGAUGUUAAUAUUUACUAUUAUUACAUGAAAUAUAAUUUAAUUAAUGGAAAUAAUAAAUUAGUGAAAAGUAAUAUUUUGACAAUUGAAAAUAAUGAAGAAAUGUAUAAAAAUGAUAGUAUUAUGAAAAGUAUAGAUAAAGAAAAUGACAUAAAUAAUGUUAAUGAAAUUAAUAACUGUUUUACUGAUAAAAAUGAAAAUAUAAAAGAAAUAAACUAUGAUCAAUAUUUUGAUCCAAGUAAUAAAUAUAAUGACAAAAAAGAAGGGUUUGAACAAUUUGAUUCUAUUUUGGGGAAUACUGAUGAACAAAACACAAAAAAUAUACUCAAUAUAAAUACAGAAAAUAAUUACUCCGAAGAGAAUGUGAAAAAUAAUAAUUACAAUGAUGAUUUAGAUAUUGACAAGGUAGAAAGUAAAAAUAGUUACUUGAAUAAAAAAGAAUGUAAUGAUAAUGAAUAUGAAGAUAUUACUAAAAAGGAAAUUAUAAUGGAAAAGAAAAAUGAUAUGGGAGUAAAUGAGGAAAAUGAUAAUUUAUUUGAAAAUGUAAAUGAUAAUUCCAUUUUGAGUAUAAAAAAUGAUUUAACAAAAGAUGAAUGUAAUAAUGUAUAUGACGAUAAUGUGCUAAAUGAUGAGAUUUCGUAUGCAAAUAAUAAUGAUAUAUAUUUAAAGGAUGAUUUAUUUGGUGAAGAUAUGUUAGAAGAUAAAAAAAAAGAGGAAGAAUCAGAAAACAAACAAACCAAAAAAAUUGAAAGUAAAAAAUAUAAUGAGAAAAGUAUCCCAGGUUUACUAUUUCUAGAAUAUGUUAAAAAAAAUAAUUUCAAUAUAUGGGAUGAUUACUUACUGACAACGGAAGAAUUUUAUGAAAACAUAUCGUAUAUGUAUGAUUUGAUAAAAAAUGAGAAAAUAUAUAAUUCAGAUAAAAAAAUUAAUGAAAGUAAAAAAUAUCAAAAAGAAACAGACAAUAAUGAUAUUAGUGUGCAGGAAAAAAAUGAAAGAGAAAAUUUAACAGUGUUUAAAUAUAAUUGUUCUAAAAUAAAAAAUAUUGUAACUAAUGUACCUGAAAUAUAUGUUAAUGAUUUAAAUAUACAAAACCAAAUUGAGGAGUGGUGUAAGUCCUUUUUUUCAAGAGAUAUAUUAAAUAACAAAGAAAUUUUUAAAACUUUAAUUUGCUAUUAUUCCAAGUUAUUAGCUUGUCAUCCAUGUAUAAAAUAUAUAUUGAGAUUUUUUUUUUUGAAAUAUGCUUCAUUAACUACUGUAAGCACAAAUCAAGGGGAAGCACAAAUAGAUGUUAGUAACACUGAUUAUUUCUCAUAUAGACUAUAUAGGUUUCCUAUACACCAUUUACUCUAUUAUUCAGAUACAAAUCAUUUUGUUAAAGAUACAAAUGAUAAAUGUCACAGUAAUGAUUUGAUUAAAAAUAAUACAGAUUCAAAUGAAAACAAUAAAACAGAUAUAUUUGAGAUGACACAUGACCCAUGUUACAUACACAAUUAUAAUGUAGAUUUUUUUAAUACACAAUUAGAUGAAAGUGAUAUUAAUAUAGAUAUUAAAAAAAAGGAGUUAGAGAAUUAUUACAAUUUACAUAAAUAUAAACAUAUUUAUUUAGAAAUUCUCAAAAAUAAAGAAAAUAGGUUGGUUAAUUUAAUAAUUCAUCCUAUAUUACCACAUGAAAAUGUUCCAUGGAAGAAUGAUGAUUUUAAUGAGAGGGAAAAAUCAAAAAAAAAAAAAAAAAAAAAUGAAAGAGAUCUUAAAAAUUAUUUUGAAAAAGAAAAAAACAAAUUAAUGAAAGCAGAAACGUUGGAUAAUGAAUGGAUAAACAAUAUAUUACAGCAAUUAUCAUAUGCAUAUUGUUAUAAUGAUAUGGAAAAUAAUAAUAUUUUCGUAUAUAUACAAAAAAAAAUAUUAAAUAACUUUUUAUGUGUAGAAUUAUUACCUUUAUUUAAAAAAAAUAUUGAAAACUUAUUAUUAGCUAGUGCUCAAAAUUGGUUAAUGGUAUAUAUACACCAGUCUUUUUAUUUAACUUUGAACGUGAAACCAAUUAAAAUGUUAAGAAAUUGUAAUGAGGAAAAACAAAAAAAAAAAAAAAAAAAAAAUAGAGAUAUGAACAGUUCAGAUGGUAAUGAUUAUUCUUCAGAUUGGAAAAGUAAGGAAUCUUAUUCAAAAUACGAUGAUGAAGAUGAUAACAAUAGAAAAGAUAGUAAUUAUAAAAAGAAUAAAAAAAAAUAUUAUAGUGAAUCUUAUAGCAGUGAUUCAAACAAUAAAGAUAAUGAAAGAGAAAAAGAAAAAAAGGAAAAAAAAAAAAAAAAAAAAAAAAUGGAUAAAAAAUAUUAUAAUAUGGAUUCCUAUAAAUCGAAUUUAUUUCAUUCUUCACAUUCUUCAGAUGAUAACACAUAUAAGUCAGGAGAUGAAUUAAAAGAAAAAUAUAAUAAUUAUAAAGGAAAUAUAAGUUCUGAUAACUUCUCUGAUAAAUCAGAAAAAAGUUACAUUUCUAAUAAAAAUGAUGACGAAAAAAAACAACAAUCUAUAAUAAAAAAUAUUAAAAAAAAUCAUAAUGUCUACGAGGUAAUAUCAAUAGUGUGCGAAAGUAUUAACUUUAGUAUAAGGUUGCAUAUAAUGGCAUGUGAUAUAUAUGGAGAUAUAAUUGAAUAUAAGCAUUUAGAUAAUAUAUAUUUAGAUGUUGUAAAAAAGGAAAAAACUGCAUUAGAAAAAGAAAAAAUAUCAAAAGAUAUUAACAUAUUCUUGUUUCUUUUAAAAAAAAUAAAACCAGAUAUAAUAGUUGUUGGAAUUAGAGAUGUUCAUUCGUAUUUAAUUUAUUCAUAUAUAGUAGAUUUAUUGAAUAAUAAUAGUCAUGGUAAUAAUAAGGAUAAUAAUGGAAAUAACAGUAAAAAUAAUAUUAACAGUAAUAACGAAAAUAGUCAUAAAUACCUUAUUAUACCUGAAAAUUUAUAUAUCCCAUGUAUAGUUACAAAUAGCUUAAAAUAUAGUAUUGAUUUAACUAAUAAAUAUUCAAGAGAAGCAUUGGUUUGCUUAUCCCUUUGUCGUUUUAUUCAAAAUCCAUUAUGUGUUUUAAUUUCAUUAUUUGAUGAAGAAAACAGAAAUAUGUUUAACAUAUGCUUACAUGAUUUACAGAAAUAUAUUUGUAGUUAUAAAUUAGAGUCAUUAUUUCUUAGGAUCAUUAUUGAUGUUGUAAAUAAAACAGGAUUUGAUAUAAAUUUUUUAAAAAAAAAAAAAAAACAUUUAGGUAAAAUGAUAAGUUACAUAUCUGGUUUAGGUUUAAGAAAAGGAGAGGAAAUAAUGAAAUUAUUGCAUAAUAAAAAUUUGAAUACUCGUGAAGAUUUACUAACUUUAUCAUCUAAUAAAAAUUUAAUUGGAAAAUGUGUAUAUAGAAAUUGUUCUUCUUUUAUUAGAAUAAUUGGAAAUAGAGAUGAAUACGUUGAAGCAUUAGAUAAUACAAGAAUACAUCCAUUAAACUGUUAUGAUAUAAUACAUGAACUUAUAAAAAACUCAGUUGAUAAAAAGAAUAACUUUUUAAAAAAUACAAAUACAUAUGAUAUUGUUAAUUAUAUUAUUGAUAAAAAAAAGUUUAUUAAAAAUAUGGAAAUAAAAGAAUAUUCAAGAAAAAUUUACGAUGAAAAGAAAAUUUAUAUAUAUCCUUAUUUAAAAUUUGUAAAAAAUGAAUUAUUACAUCCCUAUAAAGAUUAUCGCUAUAAUUAUAAGAAGAAAAAAGAAGAGGAAUUAUUUUACUUAAUUAUUAAUGAGAAAAAAGAAAAUUUAACUAUUGGAUCAGAAGUAGUUUGCAGAAUUAAUUAUAUAAAUAAAAAUAAUAAUUAUAUAAAAAUUACAAUAUUACCAUAUAACGUUAGGGGAGUAAUUAAUGACUCAAAAGAAUUUUUAAGGCAACUAAGAAACUACUACAAUGAGAAAAUGAACCUUAUUAAUGCUAACCUUGAAAACAUAAAUUCUAUUAAUAAAAACAAUUUUUAUAAUAAGAAUAAUAAUAUGAAAGAUAUUCAAUUUAUAAAUAAUACCAUAUUAGGUGAAUUAAUUAAAGGAAGAAUAGUAGAAAUUAAUUAUAAUUUGGAUAAUAAAUUUGAAACAAAUAUUCAUGUGGUUGUCACAGAAGAAAAUAUUAAAAAAAUAAAAAAACAAACUUUUUUAGAAAAUUUAAAAUACCCUUUUAAUUAUGAUAAUUUAUCACCAUUGAUAGAAUUAGACAUAAAUCAUGAUAACAAUAAUUUCAUUGAAAAUCACUUUAAAAAGUUAAAUGAUAAUGAAGAUUUUGAAGAUUGCGAUGAAGAUCAAAAAAUUAAAAUUAAAAAUAAAAAUAAAUAUUAUCAAAAUAAAAAAUUUGUAAAUCAUCCAAAUUUUAAGUUAUGGAAUUAUCAAGAAAUAUAUGCAUAUUUAAAACAACAAAACAUAUCUAUAGGUGAAGCUAUUAUAUAUCCUUCAAACGAAAUAAAUAAAUUAUAUUUGCUUAUUAAAACAAGUGAUAAUCCUUUUAUUGUAGCAAAAUUUACUAUAAUAGAAAAAAAUAUUCAACUAAAUAGUUUGAGUAAAAAUAUGCACUCAGUACAACAAAUAUAUAUAAUCAACAAUGAGCAAUUUAAUUCAAUAGAUCAAAUAAUUUCCAUUUUAUGCGAAAAUUUAAAAAAAAAUUUAUUAGAAAUAUACAAGCAUCCUAAAUGUAAAAAAAGAAAAACUAUUGAAGAAGUAAGAAAAGAGUUAUAUCAGGAAAGUUUGUUAAAGCCUGAUAAUAUUGUUUGGUCUGUUGUACCUCCUAUAUUAUCACAAAAAAAUAAAAAUGAAACGGAAAAAAAUAUUCAAGAUUUUAAUCCAUUAAGAUUUACAUUAAUGGUUAUUCCACCAUACAAUCAUCAUCAACAUUUAUAUUCCAAUUUCAGUAAUGUUUAUCAACAAAAAGAUUUAAUAGUGCUUCACGAUUCUAUUUAUGUUGAUCAUAAAUCUUUUAAAUUGUGGACAAAAACGGAAAAAAGUUUUAAAAAUUUAAUCAACUGGUGGAAAGAAAAAGGAUAUUGGAAUCGUCAAAAUGAAAGACAAGAAUAUAUGAACGAAAAAAAAAAAAAAAUGGAGGAAUAUAAAAAACUUAAAGGAAUAAAGAAUUGA